AUGACGAAAAUCCAUUUGAUGCUACCUAAGACCGACUCUUUGCAGCUCUCGAGCCCUGACUUGGCGGGGACGACGCAAUCAUGCUCCCCGGAAGACGUGCUGCGACUCUGCCCCGCGUGCCCGUCACCGAGCGAAUUAAUGGCCCGCGUUGCCUGUUUCAGCAACACCGUCUGUCUCUGGAGUCUUUUGGCGGAGUUGAGCUGGCCGGGGGUGGUUGAAAUGCUCGCUUCGCCAUGGGCCGCUAACACGGAGUGGUAG